AUGACUUUGAACGAAGUCCCAAUGGAAACACCUCCAGUGAAAAGACGCAAACCACACAAGAAGUCAAGGACAGGGUGCCUUGACUGCCGGAAGCGCCGAGUCAAGUGCAGCGAGGAGCGCCCGAGCUGUCGAUCCUGUGUCCGACGCGAAGUCUUCUGCGAAUACCCUGAGGAGGCCCAGCCAACCGGCAACCUGACGCCCCAGUCGUCCGACCUCCACGAUGACGCAUCGCCGGCUCGCCUGUCCCCCCGGGUUUACGACACUGGAGGAGACCACAACCGGACGCAACACCCGUCGACCCCGGCGCCCACCCCCGUCGGCGCGGCCUCAAGCGUAUCCCGGAGGCCCGGAGCCUCCACGGACACGUUCGGCAUAAGGGACCUGGCACUGCUGCACCACUGGACCGUCUCUACCAGCGUCAGCAUCUUCAAGGCCCCCGACCUGGACUCGCUGUGGCAGGUCUUGAUUCCGCAGAUCGCCUUUGAGCACCCCUUCGUCACGCACGCCAUCCUGAGCCUGGCCGCCCUACACAUGGCCUACCUCGACGACAGGCCCCAGAACAGCUCCUACGUCGAGGAGGCCACCCAGCACCACGCCGUCUCUCUUGCCGGGUUCCACUCCGUGCUCGAAAACUGCACCGUCGACCAGUACGAGGGUCUGUUCCUCUGGUCCAUUCUCAACAUCAUCUACGUCUUUUCCAUCUCGAAACAGCUUGCCGACAAUGUGGAGCGGAACUCGCCGCGCCUCCGCAAGGACCGCCUUCUGGGCGUCGAAUGGAUCCCGAUGAUGCGCGGCAUAGACGCGGUGCUGGCGCCGUACUACGACUUCCUCCGCGGCGGCCGCAUGCAGCCCCUCUUGUCACUGGGGAACUGGACCGAGCUGGAGCCCGGAGACAGCAUCCUGGAUCCGAUGGACCGGGAGCUCCGGCGACUGCAAGACAUCUGGAAGGACAGCGGCGACGCCGAUGUCUACAACCACGCCCUGACGGUCAUGAGAAAGGCCCGCAUGUAUUGCUUGCAGUUCGAGACGAUGGAGGCCCAUAUGCUUGCGGACUUUGGGUGGAACAGGGCCCUGGCUGGCCCGCUGAGCUUCGUUCACUUCGGCCCCCAGCAGUACUUUACGCUGUUGCAUCAGCGCCAACCCCCGGCACUUGUCCUCUUUACCUACCUGGGUGCCCUUUUGCACUCUCUGAAUCAUGUAUGGUUCUUUGAAGGUUGGGGCAAGGACAUUGUCGAGGCCAUAGACGACUUGCUCGGGGACUACUGGAGGCCGUGGAUUCGCUGGCCGCUUCGACACGCGGGGUUGAGCUCCGACUGA